GGCUAUGAGCUAUUAAGUGACAAUACUACAUGCCAGGAUAUUAAUGAGUGUAUUAACAGUGACUGUGAACAUAACUGCACCAAUACUGAUGGAAGCUACACUUGUUCAUGUUAUAGUGGCUACUCUUUAGAUAGUAAUGAACAAAACUGUUCAGACAUUAAUGAGUGCCUUAAUGAAAAUGGAGGUUGUGAACAAAGAUGUACUAAUCAAAUUUCUUCUUUUGAAUGUUCAUGCAAUGAUGGUUAUGCAUUAGAAAACAAGAAGUUUUGCUCAAAUGUAAAUGAAUGCAAUGAAGGAAUAUCAGGUUGUUCACAAUUAUGCACUGAUGAAAAUGGAUACUAUAACUGUAGCUGCUUCGAUGGUUAUCUACUAGACAAAGAUAACCAUAACUGUACUGAUAUUAAUGAAUGUAGUGAUGAUAAUGGAGGAUGUGAAGAAAUAUGUGUAAAUAUUGAUGGUAGUUAUGAGUGUUCAUGUCCUGUGGGUUUUAGGCUUGACAACAAUGAUGUAAACUGUACAGAUUUUGAUGAAUGUAGUUUUUACAAAGGUGGUUGUAGUCAUACUUGUACUAAUAAUAUUGGUUCUUAUACCUGCUCAUGUCCUAGUGGCUUUAAUUUGACAACUGAUGGACACAACUGCUCAGAUGUUAAUGAAUGUGAUGAUGAUAAUGGUGGAUGUUCUGAUACAUGCAUUAAUACUGCUGGAAGUUAUCAUUGUGAUUGCUAUAAUGGGUAUGAGUUUGUUGGAAGUGAAUCCAAAAACUGUACAGAUAUUAAUGAGUGUUUAGUUGAUAAUGGAGACUGUCAGCAUAUUUGUACAAAUACUAAUGGAAGUUUUGAGUGUUCUUGCAAUACAGGGUACACUGGAGGUAGAUUUUGUACAGAUUUAGAUGAAUGUGAUUAUGGUGUAUCUAACUGCAAUCAGACAUGCUUUAAUACUGAUGGUAGCUACUACUGUGGUUGUGAUUCUGGGUACAGCUUAAGCAAUGACAGUUAUUCUUGUAUAGAUCACAAUGAAUGUACUAUGGGUACUGACACAUGUGAUCAAGUUUGUAUCAAUGAUCCUGGUUCAUUUCAUUGUUCAUGCAUUACUGGUUAUGCCUUAGCUGCCAAUGAAAUAUCAUGUAAAAACAAUGAUGAAUGUCAAACUGAUACUGAUAAUUGUGAACAAGGUUGUACUGAUACAGAAGGUUCUUACACUUGCUAUUGCUAUUCUGGAUACCAAUUGAAUACCACAACAAAUGCAACUUGUUAUGAUAUUGAUGAAUGUAUGGAUGGAACAUCUGAUUGUUCUCAAAUGUGUAACAAUACUAUUGGUAGCUAUAAUUGUAGCUGUAAUAUUGGCUAUCAAUUAGACAGUGAUGGAGCAACAUGUAUUGAUAUUAAUGAAUGUAAUCUUAAUAAUGGAGAAUGCAAUGAAAGGUGUGAAAAUACAGAAGGUGGCUACAUAUGUCUCUGUCCAUCAGGAUACUAUUCACUUAAUAAUUCUGACACAAAUUGCACAGAUAUUGAUGAGUGUAACUCAUUCAAUGGUGGUUGUGAUCAUUAUUGUAAUAAUACUAUUGGAUCUUAUGACUGCUCAUGUAAAACUGGAUAUACUUUAUCAUUUAAUGGGCAUAAUUGUUCAGAUGCAUAUAUUGUUCUAGAUAUUAAUGAGUGCAAUGAUAAUAAUGGAGGCUGUAAUCAAACCUGUACCAACACUAUGGGUAGUCACUACUGUAGCUGUAAGAUUGGGUAUUAUAAUUUGACAGUUACUGCUGAGAAUUGCUCUGACAUCAAUGAGUGUGAGGAUAAUAAUGGUGGCUGUUCUCAAACUUGCAUUAAUACUCCUGGAAGUUUUAAUUGUGAAUGUUAUGAUGGAUAUGAUUUCAUUAAUGGCAGCACUACAGACUGUACUGAUAUUAAUGAGUGUCUUACUAACAAUGGAGGUUGUCAACAUGUUUGUACUAAUACAAAUGGAAGCUACUAUUGCACUUGUAAUCCUGGCUACAAUGGAAGCAUUUUCUGCUUAGAUAUUGAUGAAUGUGACCUAGGUACUGACAACUGCACUCAACAAUGCACUAAUACUGAUGGUAGCUACUACUGUAGUUGCUACACUGGGUAUAUUUUUAAUAGUAGCAAUAACCACACUUGCAUAGAUGAUGAUGAAUGCUCACACAGUAUAGUUCUUUGUGAUCAGAUUUGCAAUAAUACUGUGGGUUCAUUUCAGUGUGGCUGCAACACUGGUUAUACUUUAAGUGACAAUGGAAUAACAUGCAAAGAUAUUGGUGAAUGUGAUCUUGGCAUUUCUGGUUGCAAUCACGCAUGUAUUAACACAGAAGGCAGUUACUACUGUGAAUGUGAAUCUGGCUAUUUUUUAAACAAUGACAAUCAUACAUGCAUAGAUAAUGAUGAAUGUGCAUUGGGUACUGACACAUGUGAUCAAGUUUGUAUCAAUGAACCUGGUUCAUUUAAUUGUUCAUGUCAUACUGGUUAUCUUUUGAAAUCUAAUGGAAUCACAUGUCAAGAUAUUAUUGAGUGUCAAACUAUUCCUGGCAUUUGUGAACAUACUUGUAUCAAUACUGAUGGUUCAUUUUACUGUGUAUGUAACAAUGGAUUCACUUUGAACACCACAACUAACACAACUUGUAUUGAUAUUGAUGAAUGUCGUAAUCAGCACAAUUUUUGUGAUCAAAAGUGUAAUAACACCAUUGGCUCCUACUUAUGUUCCUGCAAUACAGGAUAUGAGCUAUGGGCAGAACAUAAUUGUUUUGAUAUCAAUGAAUGCAAUGACAAUAAUGGAGGCUGCUCAGAUAUAUGCAUUAAUACUCCAGGUAGUUAUCAUUGUCAGUGUCUUGAAGGAUAUCAGUUGAUUGACAGCAAAAAUUGUGAAGAUAUAAAUGAAUGUAAUACUAAUAAUGGAGGGUGUGAUCACAACUGUACUAACACUAAUGGAAGUUUUGAAUGUUCUUGUACUACUGGUUAUCAUUUAUGUGACCAUUUAUAUUGUAUAGAUAUUGAUGAAUGUCUACAUAAAGGUGACUUGUGUGGAGAUAUUUGUCACAAUACUGAAGGAAGUUACCAAUGCAAGUGCCAAACGGGAUAUUACUUGGGUGAUGAUAAUUACACUUGUCAUGAUAUCAAUGAGUGUUUAAUGGAAGAUAACGCAUGUGCACAUUACUGUGAGAACAAUAUAGGUAGUUACAGGUGUUAUUGUUUCUCUGGACAUCAUUUGGACAAUGAUGGUCAUACUUGCAUAGAUGUUAAUGAAUGCUUAUCAUAUAAUGGAGGAUGCGAACAAAAUUGCAUCAAUAAUGAUGGCUCAUAUUAUUGUGCUUGUAAAGAAGGAUUCACUGUAUCCAAUGAUGGUUUUAAGUGUGACAUUAUAAAUGACACAAGUUUAGGUACAAGCAUUAUAGAAUCUCAGACCUUUUCGGGUGGAGUUACAAGUACUGUAUGCAUUAAAGAACAGCCUAUUGAUAAUAAUUCUGAUGUGGCAUACAUUAUAACAAUCAUUUUUAUAGCUACAACUUUUGCUUUGCUGGUGAUUAUUUUGAUAUCUGUUCUUGUGAUCAUCAAACGUAAAAAGACACACCAGUCAAAAGCAGAUACCAUUGAUGGAGUCAAGAAAGAUAAUCCAUUGUAUGAUGAUAAUUUUGAUCAAGAAAAUUUUCCUGAUAAAUUAUACUGACAUGCAUUUAAUAUAUAAAUACUUUGCAGUCUUACAGAGCUGAACUUUAAGUUUUUAUUUGUUAAAUGUGUAUUAUGAUAAUAAAUAACUGUC